AUAAUUAACAAAAUAAAUAUCAGAAAAACAAGUGUGUUUUUUGUGUACUCUAUUGCCAAUGUCUACAUUUUCAUUCAUCCUUCGUUGUCUGUCUGCCUAACGUUUUAGUUGACAGCUGCGCUGCUGCAUUGUUCUGCUGCCGCAUGCCGGUGUAAAAACAACAAAUUUUCAUACAAAAAAUCAGUUGUGUGGUAAAAGUGUUUGACGAAGGUUGUUCAAUAUUGUUUAAAGUGUGCAGUGGAAUGAGUGUGUGUGUUUAUUUGUAAAUCUUUUAAGAAAUUUCAUCUUAAAGAUAAAUUAUAAUACUAGCGUUAGAAAAAGAAAACAAUUUUCAAUAAUAUUGUGUUAUGUUAAAAAAUAUUGCGUUGAUUUUAUAACUACGGCAUCAUCAUGUCACUCGUCACUAAACCAUUCGUUUUAGUAGUGGAUCUUAUAAAAUCAAUAAUAAAUUAUGGUAAAAGUCAGCUGCAUAAUCUAUUUGAUGAAAUUAUGGGGUACAUAAUGCGGCGCUUUCUGCGUACGGCAAUGAUCGUGUUCAGUUGGUUCGUUGUACCCUAUAGUCGUUUCACCAACAUCAAAGUGAACCGUCAAAAGCUGCCGCCCAUAAAAUCGCAUCUAUUGGAAAUACCCGCCGUUGAUCUUGCCAAAAUGAUAAGAACCAGAAAGAUCAAAAGUGAAGAAGUGGUGGAAGCCUAUAUAGAGCGAUGUAAACAGGUGAAUCCUCUGAUAAAUGCCAUUGUACAAGAUCGUUUUGAGGAGGCAUUACAGGAAGCCCGCGAGGUAGAUCGUAUAAUCGAAAUGGGUCUGAGUACGGAAGAGGAAAUGGAAGAAAAUACUCCUCUUCUAGGCAUACCGGUGACAGUGAAGGAAUCCAUAGCCGUUAAGGGAAUGACAAAUCAAGCGGGACGUGUUUUUAAAACACCACAAAUAGCAAAAUCUGAUGCACCUGUGGUAGAACAAAUAAAACGUUAUGGUGGUAUUAUACUGCUAGUAUCCAAUACUCCCGAGUUGUGUCUGCUAUGGGAGACGUAUAACAACGUUACGGGUCAGACAAGAAAUCCUUACGAUUUAAAAAGAACACCGGGUGGUUCAUCGGGUGGAGAAGCUGCUUUAUUAGCUAGUGGAGCCUCAUUGCUGGGUUUAACAUCGGAUAUUGGAGGUUCCUCUAGAUUGCCGGCCAUGUUUAGUGGUAUAUGGGGCCAUAAACCAACACCGUAUGCGGUUUCGUUUAAAGGUCAUCAUCCUACAUCUGAUUUUCCUAAAUGGGGUGAUUUUUUCACCAUAGCUCCCAUGACCAGAUAUGCCAAGGAUUUGCCUUUGCUGUUGAGAUGUAUGACUGAUCCUACCGGUCCUAAGCUUACAUUGGAAAAGGAAAUAAGUGUUACCGGUAUACGUUUCUUCUUUAUGGAUAACGAUGGUCCUUCGGGUAUGAUGAGACCUUUGAGUCGUGAUUUGCAUGCUGCUAUAAAUCGUGUAGCAAAUGAUUUCAAUGCCAAACGUGUUAAUAUACGUAAAAUGAAAUGGUCUUUAGACAUAUCACUCUCAGCCAUGUUAACCAUGAAAAAUAUUGAAACUAUUUACCACAAAACCGAAGAAGGCCAAAGACCCAAAACAGUUUGUACCGAAACGGUAAAAUAUUUCUUUGGCUGUUCCGACAGCAUACUACCUUCGGUUAUAUUUGGUCAUUUGCAAAACUUCAUGAAAAUCAUACCAAAUUCACGACACAAACAUUUAGCCACCAUUAUUGAGGCUUUAAAGACUGAAUUCAAAGAAUUGCUGGGUAAUGAUGGGGUUUUCAUUUAUCCCACAUUCCCGAAUACAGCCCAUCAGCAUUAUCAAAUCUAUCAUAAGUUAUUGGAGCCCAUGUAUAUGGCCAUUUUCAAUACCUUGGGUUUACCCGUAACCAAUUGUAUGAUUGGUUUAGAUAGACGUCGUCUACCCAUGGGUAUACAAGUAGUGGCGAAUCCGGGACAGGAUCAUUUGUGUCUAGCUGUGGCACGAGAAAUGGAAAGACGUUAUGGUGGUUGGGUAAGACCACCAUCGGAGGAUUCUAGUAAACGUAUUGACUAAAGUAUAAAUUAAUAUACUUAAAACAAUUAGAUCAUUUAUCAUUAUUUCAUAGAUUUAAUUUUUUUCAUUCAUCUUAACAUCACAUUUUAUGGAUUUUUUAAAACCAAUUGCAAUUUUUUUAUAGUUUGACUUCAUUACAAUUUGUUUAAGUAAUUUACUUAAAAUUUUAUAUAUAUUACGACAAGUUACGUUUUAUACGUAACAAUUAACUAAAUCUCAAAUUUUCACUGUCAAUAGUGUUGACACACAUUUUAUUAUUUUUUAAAUUGUUCUUUUAAAUAUUUAUAAUUUUUUAAAUUAUUUUCUCAUAAACUUCUCAAUUUUUUUUUAAUAAUUACAUAAUAUUUUAAGAAUAAUACAAAAUUAUGUAAAUAAUUUUUGAACAUAAAAUUACGUAAUUAAACAUAUCAAAGAUUUCGUUUCAUCUUUUACAUCACGAUUAUUUUUUUUUCUUUUAUAUUUUUUAUAUACAUAAUUUCUUUUAUACAUUAAUUAUAUAAAUAAAUCUUUUAAAAUUUUGUAAAUAAAAAUAUAAAU